AGUUCGUUUCAUUGGGCGGUCAGUCGUUACGGAAAGCUGCGCGCGCGAGCACCCUUCUCAAGUUGAGUCGCGUUUGGUUGAGAUUGAAGACGUUCAAACAACUGCAGCAGUUGCUGCAAAAGAACAUAAGAUAUUAAGUAAACGGCAAGUGUCACGCACAAUCGUGUUGCAUUGUUGGGCGUUAUUGUGGGUGGGUGAAAAUCGCAACUCCGGUGUUUCGCGGUGACGGGAAAGGUCAAUUUUCUGGUGGGUGACUUUUCCCGUAUAGAAAUCAGUCGUCCCAGAAUAUAAGAAAAGCGCAAAGUUCAAAACAACAGCGAGAGUGUGCUGAACCGUUGCAGAUAUUUGAGAUUUCGGUGCAAAAAUAGCCAUUAACCAGUGAGUGAAAGUGUGUGAUUGACGGAAGCAUUUUUCUAUGAUUUUUCGUGAUUACGUGAUCAUAGUAGGCGCCCUCUGUUGAGUGAGAAGAUCAUCUAAGCAACCUAAGCGAACAACGGAUUGCAACUCAAACAGGUUGACAUUACACAAGUGUGUCGCGCGGCCUGCUCAGUCGACGAAUGAUGCGUCUCAACAUGUCGAACACCAAAAACUUCAUAGACAACAAAAUAGUGGCCAUUCAGGCCAGGUGGAGUUCGUCCAAACCGGAGGGCAGAAAUAGCAGGACCUCGGAAAGGGAAACCUUCUUCGAAAAGUUUGGAACACUCUUCAAACAACGGUCCACCCAUUUUCUGCUACAAGCCAAAACCGACGUUACCCUGCAAGACGAGACGGGCGGAGGAGCACAAGAGUUGCUGAUCGCGAACAGCACAAGACCACAAAUCAAUCCAUCUACGGUAGCGGCAGCCGCCAGCGAAGGAAUACCAAAUGUCGCAAACGGAGAUGCCUCGAUCGAUGCACUGUACGACGAAGACGCAGUAAGUAUACAGCUGUCCGUUCCGUUGCUAGUGUGUAGAUAAAAGAUUUCCUUUGUUUCGAAUCGGACCUGAGAGCUGCGAAUAAAUUGCACCAAAUGCAUCACCCUGAUUAGAACCUAUCCCAAGAUGAAGCGUUCAAGAGUUGUGUAACAAUAUUUAUAGUUGCAAACCGCACGGCGCAACAAAUGGUCCAUUGCGGGCGCCUUCGAUGAUGAUGUUGAUGAGUUAAAAAUAAGUUCUCUUCUUGAUGGGUUUCCGAUCGGCAACGAGCGGGUAUGUUCAAGCAUUUCUUCGCCUCCACUUGGUCUAGUCAGUCGGAUGCGAAGCGAUCACCGUGCGAUGAGCGAAAGUGUUUUUAACCAGAACGAGCGAAGAUGGGUUUUAUUCCCAGUCGUCAUCAGCUGGGAAGCACUUGAACAAAGCAUGUCAUGCUAGAGCUAACGGAAAACAGAAAUGACCACUUUUUAUAUGUAGAUUAAGUGCUCAUCGCCGACUUGGAUGAUUUAUUGCCAUUUCGGUGACGCACAUGUGCAGUAAAUGAGCUGGAUAUUUGAGAAAAUUGGAAUUUUGAUUGUUUAUUGGAACAACCAUGUAUGUAUCGAUGUUCAUAGAAACAUCGAAGCGGUACGAUACUUGCUAUAAGCUGUAGCGAUAACUAAAACGAUACAAGGGACUCGAUUUUGUCAGCGUAUUCUUUCUGAUUUUUUAUUACUCUAUGCAGUGCCUUUCAGCCUUAGUUUGGUGAUGAGCCUAAACGAUUUAGGAAAAAUUUGAUUGUGAGAUGAGUUUGAUUGUAAAAAAAUUAGUAAAUCACUUCGGAUCGACAUUGAUUUGGCAUGUUUCCGUUACGUAAAGCAUAUCUACUUAAAAAAGUUUUUUAAUAAGGGACUGUCGUCCAUAAACCAACAUUUUCAGGUUAUUUACAAAAUUUAGAACACCCCCCUCCCUCCCUCCUUCGUGAUCUUUUGUUCACUUUUUUUUUUUAAUUUGUAUGGACCGUGAUAUUUGUCCAACCAGGAGUUGUCCCAGGUGUUGUCCCAAUUUAGCUCAGAUUUGUGUGAAUUUUACCUAUGUCUGAAUUACUUUCUCUUGACGUGUACUGCAUUAGAAAGCUCUCAGUUAAUAACUGUGGAAGUGCUCAUAGAACACUGAGCUGAGCAGACCUUAUCCCAGUGCGGACGUUACGUCAAAAAGUAGAAAAAUUGGCUUAUUGGAUAAGAGUUAGUUUGUCUUGAACACCAGUUUCACGGUCGCCAUGUGAUGGAGACAACGUGCUUUUGAUUGUAGAAGGCUUUUCGUGAAGACGGUAUCCAAAACGGGGAAAGUAUUGUAAAAUAUCCUCCAGUUCAGGUUUCGAAACACCGUAUUGUUCGGUUAUUAUAGUGCGCGUGCUCAAAAUACAACGAGUAUUUUUACCCGAGGCCGCUAUUAUCGAAAUAUAUACACUGAACGAAAACCCCAUCCCGAAAUCGACUGAUUUGUCCGACCAUCCAGUCCAAAGUACCAAAAUCGUGUUUUCGAAUGACGAAUCAGUCAUACGGCAAUCAUCCCAAAAAUCGGAUGACGAUCAUCUUAUUCGCGUAUGAGUCGACGCACGCUAUGUGAAUGAAUAUUAGUUGCAGAGCGAAGGCCACACAGAUGCACCGAAUUUAUUCAUCGAUAGCUUAACAAGUUCCUUGAUCGUGACACCCGGGACAUUGACGACUUUGAUUCGCAUGUCCUAUCCUGGACAUGUCAUAUUUUUUGAAAAGGGUGCCCGCAACGGUACCCUGGCCCUGGCCACUAAGCACAUAUAUUUUUGAAAAAGAUAGCGGUGAUAUUGUUAUCAAUCGCUAAAAAACAAAGUUGCUCGAUCAUAUGGUCGACAUUCUAUUUUCAUAUCGCUGUCAUCCGGUUUUAAGAUGACAUCAUUCGGUCGGUGGACCAUACGGUUUCCGACCGAAUGUCGUUAAGGGGCGUGAUCGUAUCGCCUCUCAGUCGAUCUUGGGCGGGGGGUUUCGUUCAGUGUACCGGUCGAUGCGGAAAGUGCUCCUUGUAUAGUGGACAGUGAAGGUUUGGCUUAUUUAGGAGAACAAACGGCUGAGAUUUUUUUUAAGUGAUUAGUGGAUACCUGGGGAGUAAUACAAUGUGUUCUAUAAGGGUGUGUCUACAGUGAAGCACGAAUUUUUUUUUUUGAACACCUGGAUAACCUUUACGGUGAUGGGACAACGAAGAGAAGAGUGUUUGUGGUAGGGAGGAAAGGGCACGUAGGUGCCAGUGCUCUGCCGUACUACGCCUGUGUAAAAAAACCCUCUUUCCCUUGAACCUUCCCGCGAGUAUUUUUUUCCGGAAUUCCAGGCCCUCGGAACAUUGAUUUGAAGUUUUGGCAGACGAUCUUUUUGUCCUCCGCUGGCAUGGCGCUGGCGGCCAAUUUCUCGCCCCUCACAGGGGCUGAGUAUACUGCAACUAUAUACCCGUCCUUCAUGGACCCGGAAGGCACUGCAAGUCAAGCCCAAUACCUUCGAAUGGCGCUGUCUACGAAAACAUGCCUCAUGAUCCUUUUCUCUUCCAGAUGUCGGUCGAAAGUGCCAUAUGUGGCAAAAACGACGGAGCUUUCAAGGAGAGCAGAGGAAUGGCCAACGUCCUCAAUGUAAAAGAAACCGGAUCAGUUUAGGCGUCUACAAGCGAUGAACAAGCUAGCCGAUGGAACGUAUAUCAAGAUCUCCGCACAUCCUACGAUGAGCCAGCGUACACGGGCAACUCCAAAGCCAUGGAAAAAAACGCCUCCAUGAGAUGUAGGCUUUCUCCUAGCUAAAACAUCUCCUAGUAGCUGGAGCAUCUCAAA